AUACAGUACAAUAAGAAAGUGGAAAGAGGAAAGCUGGUCAUGCUUUUGGCCACGAUAGAAGAAGAAGAUAUCUCUUUCAUCUCAACGUUCAGUUCAGAACAAACAAACCGUCUCUCUCUCUCUCUCUCUCUCUCUCUCUCUCUCGAUCUGUGUGAACCAAAAACGGUUCAUCAUUUGGUGACUCACUCUCUGUGGGCCCUGUGCACGUGCGCAGCCCUUGGGAACAAGAGCGACGUUUGUAUUGCUCUCUGCAACACCUGCUUAUUUAAUUGUAUAUCUAUUUAUAUACACACACACACGCUGAGCUAUUACAGUGACAGAUAAAAGAGUUGAGAGAGAAUAAUCUAGAGAGAGAAAGAGAGAGAGAUGGGUGUUCCUUCAUUUUACCGAUGGUUGGCAAACAAGUAUCCAGAGGUAGUGGUUAACGCCAAAGAAGAAAAGGGGGACGACAUGGACACAAGUUCGCCAAACCCAAAUGGCAUAGAGUUUGAUAAUCUCUAUCUCGACAUGAAUGGAAUCAUCCACCCCUGCUUUCACCCAGAUGAUAAUCUUUUCCCACCAACUACAUUUGAAGCUGUAUUCAACAACAUUUUUGAAUACAUUGAUCGGAUUUUCAACAUUGUAAGACCAAGAAAGCUGUUAUACAUGGCCAUUGAUGGUGUUGCGCCAAGAGCAAAAAUGAAUCAGCAGAGAUCAAGACGCUUUAAAACAGCGAAAGAUAAUGAGAAUUUUGAAGCAGAGGAGGAGAGGCUGAGAAAGCAAUUUGAAAUGGAAGGAAAGCCUGUUCUUCCGAAACAGGAAUCGGAGGUUUCUGAUUCAAAUAUCAUUACACCAGGGACAGAAUUUAUGUAUAAAUUGUCGAAGGAACUACAAAGAUACAUAUGGCAACGGAUAGACAAUGAUGCAGGAUGGAAGGAGAUAAAGGUGAUUCUUUCUGAUGCUAAUGUUCCUGGUGAAGGGGAACAUAAGAUAAUGUCUUUUAUACGCCUUCAGCGUACCUCUCCAGAUUACAAUCCAAAUACCCGUCACUGCCUUUAUGGUCUGGAUGCCGACCUGAUUAUGCUAGCGUUGGCGACUCAUGAAAUUCAUUUUUCUAUAUUGAGAGAGGAUGUAGUUGUGCAAGAGCAAACACCAAGUUACGAAUCUGCAAUUGAAGCCAGCAUUUGUGAAGCAAAAUCGAGUUCAGAAAGGUCAACAGGAUGCUUUAAACAGGCACAAGCUGAUAAAACGUCGUCUUUGAUUAAAAAGCCUUAUCAGUUUCUCAAUGUUUGGAUUCUCCGAGAAUAUCUUGAGCUUGAUAUGGAAAUCUCUGAUCCACCUGAGAACUUUAAAGUUGAUUUUGAGCGGAUUGUUGAUGAUUUUGUCUUCAUUUGCUUCUUUGCCGGGAAUGAUUUCUUACCCCACAUGCCAAGUUUAGAAAUUCACGAGGGUGCUAUAGAUUUACUGAUGCAUGUUUACAAAAAAGAGUUCAAGAAUCUGAAAGGUUAUCUGGUUGAUAUGCAACGGGUAGAUGACAAGAAAGGAGGGUAUUUGAAAUUGUCAAGACUUGAGAGGUUCAUCCUUUCAGUUGGCACAUUUGAAGAGACAAUAUUCAAGAAAAGAUCUGAACUGCAAGAGCGAAAACUUAGACGGAUCCUAUAUGAUCUUGAAGAUGCCAAAGGUGAUGAGGAAGAAAAUUCAGGUGGGAUCUCAGAGCUCAAUACAAGGGAUGUCCAUUGCGGAAUGCAUAAUGGAAGAGUCCCAACUUCUGGAGAUUCUACAAAUGUGACAUCUGAAGAAAUUUUGAAGAACACAAAGGAGUUGAAGGAAAAGUUGAAAUGUAACCUUCGCAAGACUUCAGAUGUGUUUAAAAAUGGUGGUUUCAAGAUGGACAAAGUGAAAUUGGGUGCAGCAGGCUGGAGAGAGAGAUACUAUAAGGAAAAAUUUUCUGCAGAUACCGCUGCGGACAUUGAGAGCACAAGGAAAGCAAUAGUUGAAAAGUACGCUGAGGGGCUAUGUUGGGUCCUUCUAUAUUAUUUCUGUGGAGUUCCAUCUUGGAUGUGGUACUAUCCCUAUCAUUAUGGCCCAUUUGCUUCUGAUCUAAAAGGUCUUGGAAAACUAAGAGUGAGAUUUCAGAAAGGUUUACCAUUCAAACCUUUUGAUCAACUCAUGGGUGUCCUUCCCCCAAGGAGUUCUCAUGCGCUUCCUAAAGGCUACCGAGCACUCAUGACUGAUGAGGCUUCGACGAUAAUUGAUUUUUAUCCAAAUGAUUUUGAUGUGGAUAUAAAUGGAAAGCGUUUUAUGUGGCAGGGUAUAUGCAAGCUCCCUUUUAUAGAGGAAGAACGUCUUCUUACUGUGAGUGGGAAACUGGAAAAGGACUUGAAGGAGGAUGAGGUGAUAAGGAAUACUGUAAGCGUUGAUCAAUUGUUCAUGAGAAGUUCAACCAAGUUGGGCUUGCAGAUUCUGUCCAUUUAUAAAAAUCAAGCGGCUAAGGAGCAAAGUGAGAUGAUCAAGAUUGAUACAAGUUUGAGUGAAGGAAUUAAUGGUUUUGUGCGCCCUACGCUAUUAGCUGUCAACUCUGAUGGUCCUGAGAAUGAAAUUCAGGAUCACAAUGUUUUAUCUGUGUUCUAUGAGCUGCCUCGUGAAUGUUUACACAUUCCUCGUCCUCUUGAGGGUGUUGAAUUCCCACAAAAGACCAUAACUGCAGCUGACAUUGUGGAAACACAGCUUUGGCAUGAAAGUCAGGGGAGCAGGCCCAGCAUUAGACCUCAGUAUCAGCAAAAAUACCAUGGGAGCAGGGCCAACAACAAUAGGCCUCAGUAUCAAGAAAGGUACAGAAAUGAUUUCACUCCGAAUUCUACACCAAACUCAUCUCCAGGAGUGAUGGUCAAAUGUGCUGGUUCAGGCUGGGGUGCUGGUAGAGGCAAAGAGUACACAGCUACCGCUGACUUCAGAGGAUUUGACGAAAAUUCUAGAAGAAUACAGUUUGGAUAUGGUGACACAGUCGGAGCCAGAGGGCGUGUUGGCCAUCAUGUUGUGUCACCCCAUGAGCAGAACUUCAAGUCAGGUACAUUCCAGGGAACAUAUGCGAUGAGUUCUAUUCAAGGUGAACCCAAUGGCUUCGGAGAUUUAAAAAUUGCAGAGGCCAACCAAGGCUUCAACACCUACGGAAGAGCUCAAUCAGUAAACCACAAUAGUUGGUCAUCAGGAAAUGGUGGAAGGGCUCAGCCAAUGAACCACAAUAGCUGGUCAUCAGGAAAUCGUGGAACGGCUCAGCCAAUGAACCACAAUAGCUGGUCAUCAGGAAAUCGUGGAACGGCUCAGCCAAUGAACCACAAUAGCUGGUCAUCAGGAAAUGGUGGAAGAGGUCAGGCAGUGAACCACACUAGCAGCUGGUCAUCAGGAAAUGGCUCAAUGCCUUCUAGGAACUAUGGUUGGAGGCCUACUGUGCAGUCAACUGGCACUCCCUUAGGUCAUGGCUCAACUUCUAGUGGGAACAAUCAAUGGAGGCAGAGUAUGCAGUUAAAUCCAGCAUCCUUUGGUCAUGGGCCUCGUGGCUCAACGUCUAAUGGGAACUACGAGUGGAGGCAGUGUGUGCAGUCAACUGCCAGUCCCAUUGGUCAGGGUAGAGGUGGAGGGCAAAUGACCUCAUCAACAGAGAAUACGAGCCAGACUCGGCAACAUAGUCUGGCUGCAACCGCCUCAAUGCAGGCCCAUGGAAGAGGCCAGUAUGUUCCGAAUGCUUCUGCUCCAAAUUGGAACUCAAGAAAUAAUCCAAGAAAUUCCGGUCAUUGACAAGUAUGAUCCUUUGGUAAUUCGAAAAGUAUAUCUUCUUCUCCUCCCACUCAAAACCGGCUUUUUUGAGCUUAUUUAUAUAUGCGUGGCGUGAGUUUCUUGCCAAGAUGGGUCUUUUACUAACUAAUUUUGAUUUUUGGUACUUUUCUAGCUCAUUUUACUGAGUUUCUGUUUUGAAGCAGUUGCACAAGCUAUGCCUGCUGGCUUGUCAGCUCAGAAGGCAACAAAUGAACUAAUGUCAUGAUAUGAAAAAUGAAAAAUAGUUUUAGAUUAUUGAUUCUUGCCGA